AUGCAGCUCGGAGUUUUUGCCGUGGUGCUUGUUCUACCAUCUUUUCUAAGCGGGGAAACUUUUAUUUUUAUCACCCAUAUUUCCAACGAAUGCGAGGGCCUUCUCUUAGAAGGCGGACAUAGUGAAUGCCAUAAGAGAGGAUCUAAAUACGUUGGCUAUGAUCCAAAAAACUGCACCGUUGUAUGCGAUAAUGAAGAACGGCCGAGGUUGCCAGAAGGGGUUUGCUCGGUCGGUACAGUGGACUGCGAUUCAGAACAUGUGAAACAAAAGCUUAGAGAUUGGGCGUAUAUGUAA